AGAUGAAAAGGAUUCCAACCAUGUGAAUUAGCCUAGGUACUCAGUCGACGGUGGGAUGAUGCCUAAAAGUUCAGGCGUGAAAAUAAGGCCGAUGAUCGGAGCGGUGGCGAUGCGGGAGCCAAUUAGCAAGCAUACAUUAUUUGACCAAUGUUAAACUAACCCAAAUACGGCUAGGGUUUCCUGAACGGCCGCCGAGUCGGGGAACGUUGUCGAGUGAGUCUUCAGCGGCCAGUCCAAUUCCUCUCGCCGGCUUUAAGGGACUUUGUUACUCACACUUGCGGACGACUCAUUUUUCCUUAAGCUUCCCAUUUCUCCCCUCCGCUUGGCCUGGCAAUCAUCCCAGCAACGAUGAUGCCUCUAAGACCAUCGAAAAGUGCCCUGCGCACUUUGCAUUACCAGAGAUAUCUUGCCUCUGGAAGAAGAACAUUUGCUUCUUCUGCGGUUACGACGCCCCACCGCUUUUCGACUCAGAAGCGCGACCAGAGUACAGCUACGGCUACUGCAUCAACUACUCGACCGCAACCCAGCCCUGCCUUCAACCAAGAACCUAGCCGCAAUGAGGUUUCUCCUCUUCAAAAUCGAAAGGUUGCCGAGCUCGACGAUUCAUUUGUCGGACUUAGCGGUGGUGAGAUUUUUCACGAAAUGAUGCUGAGACUGGGAGUAAAGCAUGUUUUUGGUUACCCUGGAGGUGCCAUUCUCCCUGUCUUUGACGCAAUCUACAACUCCAAGCACUUCGACUUCGUCCUCCCUCGACAUGAACAAGGUGCCGGCCACAUGGCGGAGGGAUAUGCUCGAGCUUCCGGAAACCCUGGAGUCGUCCUUGUCACCUCUGGCCCCGGUGCUACCAACGUUAUUACCCCCAUGCAGGACGCCCUCUCUGAUGGUACCCCAAUGGUUGUCUUCUGUGGUCAGGUCGUUACGACCUCCAUUGGUACCGACUCUUUCCAAGAAGCUGAUGUCGUUGGCAUUUCCCGGGCCUGCACCAAAUGGAACGUUAUGGUCAAAUCUGUCGCCGAACUUCCCCGUCGUAUCCAAGAGGCUUUCGAAAUUGCAACCAGCGGUCGCCCUGGCCCCGUCCUCGUCGACCUUCCUAAAGAUAUCACCGCUGGUAUUCUUCGUAAACCCAUCCCAAUGCAGAGCACCCUUCCAUCCCGCCCCAGCGCUGCGACUAUGGCAGCCAAGGAAUUGAGCGAGAAGCAGCUCCAAGGCACCAUCAACCGCGUGGCUCGCCUCGUCAAUGUUUCCAAGAAGCCCGUUCUUUAUGUCGGUCAGGGUAUCCUUGCUCAACCUGACGGACCCAAGCUUCUGAAGGAGCUCUCCGACAAGGCCAACAUUCCUGUUACCACCACCCUGCAGGGUCUAGGUGGGUUUGAUGAGACGGACCCCAAGGCGCUGCACAUGCUUGGUAUGCACGGCUCCGCCUAUGCCAACUUGGCCAUGCAGGAAGCCGACUUGAUCAUUGCCAUUGGUGCCCGGUUUGACGAUCGUGUGACCGGCAGCAUUGCCAAAUUUGCUCCCCAGGCCAAGCUCGCCGCCUCGGAGAACCGUGGCGGUAUCGUCCACUUUGAGAUCAUGCCCAAGAACAUCAACAAGGUGGUUCAGGCCAACGAAGCUGUUGAGGGUGACUGCGCGGAGAAUAUCCGUCAGCUUCUUCCUCUCGUCCAAGCCGUUCCCGAGCGCCCAGAGUGGUUUGCCCAGAUCAACGACUGGAAGUCUCGGUUCCCUCUCUCGCUCUACGAGAAACAGACCCCCGAGGGCGCCAUCAAGCCCCAAGCUCUAAUUGAAAAGCUCAGCGAUUUGACUGCUCAUAUGAAGGACCGUACCAUUAUCACCACUGGCGUUGGUCAGCACCAAAUGUGGGCCGCUCAGCACUUCCGCUGGCGUCGACCUCGCUCCAUGAUCACCUCCGGUGGUCUUGGUACUAUGGGUUACGGUCUUCCUGCUGCCAUCGGCGCCAAGGUUGCCCGUCCUGACUGCCUUGUUAUUGACAUUGACGGCGAUGCAUCCUUCAACAUGACCCUCACCGAACUCACCACCGCGGCCCAGUUCAAUAUCGGCAUCAAGGUUCUCCUCUUGAACAACGAAGAGCAGGGCAUGGUCACUCAAUGGCAAAAUCUUUUCUACGAAGACCGCUACUCUCACACACACCAGAAGAACCCCGACUUUGUGCGCCUUGCUGAGUCUAUGGGUGUCUCUGCGGACCGUUGUACCUCGCCUGCAGACGUGGAGGCCAAGCUGAAGUGGUUGAUUGAGAGCGAUGGCCCCGCCCUGCUCGAGGUGUUUACCGACAAGAAGGUGCCCGUGUUGCCCAUGGUUCCUGGUGGUAGUGGCCUCCAUGAGUUCCUCGUCUUUGACGAAGCCAAGGACCGUGAAAGAAGGGCUUUAAUGAAGAAGAGGAAUCCCAAUGGCGUUUAGACCAUUUUGGCAAUGCCCAUUAUGAUUCCUUAGUCAACUAUUGAGUCAUUAACUACCAAAAAAGAAGACCUGCAAUCAUUUGUUGAUAUCCACGGCGUUUCUGGCGGGUUCUCAAACGCUAGCGAGGCCUAGCAUCAUCCUUUUAAAAAUGCUAGCGGGGUCGAAAAUGCUAGCAAUCCCUGAAGUUUCUGUGCCUCAUGACAAUAUCAGUUUAUCCGGUCUACUGGGAAGGAGGG